UGCGACCAGGAAGUGCUGAAACCUUCAGUGUUGAGCUGCUCGCUGGCCGCCAGCACAAUGGGUGGCGUUAAACCGUGGCUGCUCGCCGCUGUUUUUGGCCUAACCCUCGACAGUUUGGUCGGGGCAGACAAUGCUGAGGAAUUUACCAUUACAGUCACACCUGGAGAAAAGUUGCCAAAUGGGACAAUCUAUGUAAUCAAACAUACUAAUGUUUCAUUCAACUGCUCAAGCAGAUCACAACAAAAAUCCAAUAUAUCUUGGUCCUUUAGUCGGGAUUCAAAGCAAAAAACUUUUGCAAAUGUUGAGGGGCCCUACUCAGAAUUUACACUUCUCAAUGUGAGUAGUGAAAGCCAGGGGAACUAUACUUGCUCAACAAAUGAGAGUGUUACCAAGGAAGUUCUUGUCUACCAUCCACCAGAGGGACCUCCCUUGUGUCAUGCAGAAUCUUCUGGUAAUAACGUGCAUCUGUAUUGUUCUUGGACUGACGGAUAUCCCCAUCCAACAUUUGUUUGGUCAAAUGAGACGUGGAAAUUUGAAUCCAGUGAUCAAACACAUGGUCAGCCAGGAUUAAAUGAUUCUCUGGUACUACAAGUUAAAGGGUCGGAAAUACAUGAUGGGCAAAUAUUUAAAUGUGUGGGUUAUCAUAUCGCAUAUGAACAAAGGAUGGAAGCAUCAUGCUCAUUGAUAUUGAAGGCUCCACUUCCUGAGUCAGAACCUCUUGUAACUGGAUUUGAGGGAAAGAAUACAACGCUGACCUGUCACUCUAAGGAAGGAAAUCCACCUCCCAAAUUAUCCUGGCUACGAAAAAAUGACACUGAAAUUUUCCCUAACAGUAAAUAUAUAGUCUUACAAGAGGGUGUUACUUCAUUCGUAACAAUACGGCAGUCCUCUAAAGCAAUGGAUGAAGGGAGAUAUGUUUGCAAGAGUGAGAAUCCUCUGGGGAUUAAAGAAGUGGAAAUAUGGGUCUCAUUUAACACUAAAAACAUUUCUGGAUUGGUUGGAGGAAUUGCUAUCCUUGUACUUCUAAUUAUUGCAGCAGUUUGUGGAUUUUUCCUCUAUCGGAACAGGAACCUGUUUAUCACAAGAAGACAUUUUUGGUAA